AUGUACAUAGAUACCAACAAUUGAUAAAGUGGAUGAAAGAUAUCAGCUGAUUCUCAAUAACAAAAUAGUAGAGCUACAGCUAAAAGAUGUCGAUUGUUUUAUUUGAAUAAUUUUUAAAAUAUCGAAAUUACUUUGGUUGAGAAUUAAAUUACAAAAUGACGAGCAGCGAGGGGAAAGCAGAUGAGAGAAGCGGGCGAAAUGUCUUUGUUACUUCGCUUAUUGCAGGAGGUGCUGCAGGAACAUUCGUGGAUAUCACAUUAUUUCCAUUAGACACAUUGAAAACUCGAUUACAGAGCGCACAAGGAUUUUUAAAAGCUGGAGGCUUCACAGGUCUUUACAAAGGAAUUUAUCCGGUUCUGGUUGGAUCGGCACCAACUGCCGCACUAUUUUUUGUAACAUAUGACGAAGUUAAGGCUGCAAUGCAACCUCAUGUUCCUGCACACUAUCACACGGCGAUUCACAUGGGAGCAGCAACACUGGCAGAAAUGGUUGCGUGUUUAGUACGGGUUCCUGUAGAAGUUGUUAAGCAGAGAAAACAGGCGUUAAUACUCGACAAAGAAUUUCUCGGCCUAAAAAUACUCUAUCGUGGAUAUUGGACUACGGUAUUACGAGAUACGCCAUUUAGUAUUAUACAGUUUCCGUUAUGGGAAUAUUUCAAAGCGUUUUAUAGUUUUCACAUUGAAAGAGAAAUAUACCCAGUGGAAAGCGCAAUCUGUGGUGCUGUUUCAGGCAGUAUCUCUGCAGCCGUCACAACUCCGUUAGAUGUUGCAAAAACAAGAAUAAUGCUCGCCAGUAGAACAUUGCUCUCGUCAGAAUUGACGAUACCAAGCGUUCUUCACAGGGUGUACGGAGAAAAGGGUUUUUCUGGAUUAUUUGCUGGUUUUGCGCCAAGGGUAACGUGGAUCACGUUAGGUGGUUUUAUAUUCUUUGGAGUCUACGAAGAAACAAGAGUGCUCACGCAGACAAUAUUUCCACAACUGAAAUAAAAUCCAGUCGAGAGAAAUAUUGUUAAUUAAAAGAAGAUGCAAAUAUUUGUAUA